UAGCUCCGCCUCCCCCCGUCCCUCACAUAUAAAUAGGAGCAGAACAUAACCUAUUCUCACUCAACACUCGCACAGAAGAAUGAGAUCCUUAAAGCACCUGAAGCCUCACAGCAGGAGGAGCGUGGAGGAGGCGAGCCGGCGCCUGGGUAGAUGUGAGCCCAAGGUAAUGGCCAGGCUGGUGGACAUAGGCACACAAACAGAUCCAGUUGUUGUGCUGUCCUUGGCCCAGGCUGCCGUGCUAGGUCUCAUCUCCCAGAAUGAAGUGUUCGGAGCUACCAUAGCACCUAACGGCUUCUACACCGGUGAACCCAAAGAAUCCCCUGCGCCCCCAGUAGACGGAGUCGACUACGAGUACGCAGACCAGCUUAUUGGAGCCAACGGAGAUUACUUAGGAGACAACUUGGGAGAAGACGGACAGAUGCAACCCAGCUGCAGUCAGAGGAGGUGGCAGCAGGGGCCGCCUCAACAACAUCCAGACGGGAAAAUGGUUGUCCCUGAACGCCACAGCCUCCAAGCUGGUGAUGUGACCUCAUCUCAUGUGAAAGGGGAAGGGGUGGCCUCUGCAAUGUCUUCCUGUGUCCACAUGCUGAACAAUAUGGCUCCCAGAGGGGGUUUAGUUCAGGUGGAUCCGGCCAGUCUCAGAGGCACCAACAAGAACUGUGUAGAGUGUGAGCGGGAGGUAUCUACCCAGCAGCAACCCAACACACACGGACACCCUCCUCCCACCCAGGUGGGCCACAGACCAGGGGAGCAGGCCCACAGAGGAUUGCAAGGCCAGCGCCCUAUGGGGGGUCACAGUCGAGGUGUCCGGGAGGAUGAAGAAGAUGUAGAACACCAGGGGAAUAACAUGAUGAAGCCCUCACAGCAAGACGAAGCCAUCAGCACCUACUUCCAAACCAGUGAAGUGGGCAGCUAUGAUUCGGGAGAAAUGGGUAUGGCGAGCGAGUAUGAAGACAGCAGCCAGAAUAUGAUGUGGACAGAUGGGAGCUGUGGAGGGCAGCACCAGCAGCCUCAGCAACCCCAGCCUCCUCGUCGGCAUGGCGGCCGCAGAGUCGACCGGCUAGAUAUCAACAUUCAAAUUGACGAAUCUUACUGUGUAGAUGUGGGGGAUGGUCUGAAGCGCUGGAAAUGCCGCAUGUGCGAUAAAUCGUACACCUCCAAGUACAACCUGGUCACACACAUCCUGGGUCACAACGGCAUCAAACCACAUGCCUGUCCCCAUUGCGGGAAGCUCUUCAAGCAGCCCAGUCAUCUUCAAACUCAUCUGUUAACCCACCAAGGUACACGGCCCCACAAGUGCACCGUCUGUAAGAAGGGGUUUACCCAGACCAGCCACCUGAAGCGGCACAUGCUCCAACACACGGACGUCAAGCCCUACAGCUGUCGCUUCUGCCGCCGUGGCUUUGCCUAUCCUAGUGAGCUGCGAGCGCACGAGGUGAAGCAUGAGCGUGGCCGCUGCCAUGUCUGCUCACAAUGUGGCAUGGAGUUCCCCACCUAUGCCCACCUCAAACGCCACCAGACCAGCCACCAGGGCCCCCAUACCUUCCAGUGCACAGAAUGCAAUAAGUCAUUCGCCUAUCGUAGCCAACUCCAGAAUCACCUCCUGAAGCACCAGAGCCCAAGACCUUACACCUGCUCCCAGUGCGGCCUGGAGUUUGUUCAGCUUCACCACCUACGUCAGCACUCGCUCACUCAUAAGGGGAUGAAAGGCCACAAGUGUGACGUGUGUUCCCGAGAGUUCACUCUGUCUGCCAACCUGAAGAGACACAUGCUCAUCCACAACAGUGUGCGGCCCUUCCAGUGUCACGUCUGCUUCAAGAGCUUCAUCCAGAAACAGACCCUCAAGACCCACAUGAUUGUCCACCUGCCUGUGAAGCCAUUCAAAUGCAAGGUAUGUGGCAAGUCUUUCAACAGAAUGUACAACCUGCUGGGCCACAUGCAUCUCCAUGCUGGCAGUAAGCCCUUCAAGUGUCCUUACUGCACCAGUAAGUUCAACCUGAAGGGAAACCUCAGCAGGCACAUGAAAGUCAAACAUGGAAUGGACGUAUCACCAGAAGGACAAGAAGUUCUUCCAGAAAUGGAUAGCCAGGGCGAGUAUGAAGGACAGAACUUCAGCUUUACAUCACCAGACAAUAUGGACAAUGGUGGCUCCCAAAACCUCACUAAACUCACUACAGCAAAUAUGGAGGACAUGGAGGAGUAUUACAAUUUUGGGAAGGAUACAAGCAGCUACACUACACCUUGAGUGGUGAUGGACCAGAGAACAUGUUUAGUUUUUUUGUGAAGGCAGAAGGAAGUAACAGAUUUGUUGUCAAAGCUUUGGAAGACAUGAGGGAAGCGGGUUUUCUUUAAGUUUGACCUACUUCCAGAAGAGCCAGAACUGUCCGACUCUGAUGGGAAGCCAGGAAGGAGACGCACCUCAAAGGAGAAGUUUCAGCUCUGUGGCUGAUAGCAGAGACACUGAAACUGUUAACAUGGUCUGGAGCUCCUUUUCUGGGAUUACUAUGCCACCGACUCAAAGACUCUCUCUGGCAGACAGUCAAAUCUGUAUGUUGUGUGUAUGUAUCAGCUAUUUGGGGGAAAAAAAGAAAAAAGUUGCAGUUGCAGAGCCAUCAGUUACAUUUGAUGUGAUAGAAAUCUGUUUACCAUUAUGCCAUUUUUUUCAUUCACGACCAAUGUAUGCCCUUAUAUUUUUGACUGAAAGUGCCAGCUAGAUACAUUUGCAACUAAGCUUCCACCGUGUCAGCUAUUUACUCACUGUAUAUCGAACUUUUGAUACAUAGUCACAACAUAUUCAUAGGUUUGAAUGCUCUUACUUAAUGAUUCCUAAUUGUAUUUACCCUUUCCUGCCCAGUCCUCAGUUCAAACAAGCCGGUCUGUCAAUGCUUGUGUGUGCUUUUGCACAGGACAUCGUAGCCUCUUUCAUGCCAGGGCAUUUACUACCAAAGUUGCUACUGUUCCAUGUCGGCUGAUACCAGAAAACAAUGUACCUGACAUGUAAAGCCCUCUCACUGUACAAAUGAUUCUGCAACAUGCAGUAUGUUUACCCAUCAUUUUGUUUCACAAGGUUUAGCUUUACAUGAAUAAUCUAUCCCGUGUAGUGAAUAUACUACUCUAGUUUUUGAAUUACUGAGUGAACAAUACAAAGCACUUUUUUCAUUGAGACCUGUCAUUUUUCUGUGAAAGCUGUCUUCAGUAAGAGUGAACUCAAUUCGCCUCAAGCAGAAGAGCUGGGGGAAACAUACAGAUGGUAGAAUCUUCCAGACCCCCCAAAUGGCAAUAUUAUCAAAAACAAAUAUGCUUUCUCAGUAGGUUUUUUUGUAAACUGCAGUUUUUUUGAUAUGGAUAUUUGACAGUAGUCAGUUCAAAUGCGAAUUGAAGAAUGAGCAGUUUGUGAGGAGAAUCAGCAGUUUGGGUUGUUUGUAGUUUCAGCACUCUUAAAUCCAGGACUGUUUUCAUUUCACCUUCAAUUCAAAUCAUUCAGAUGUCAGAUAUUUCCCCCCCUCAUGGGAAAAAACAAACAAACAUUGAAAAUGGAUUUAAAAUCCAUUCUGGAGAUUAAAAAAAGAUGAGUGCGCUGUCACUAGCAAAUUAUUUGGAGGUUGCGGUUACAUUUUGAAAUGACUGAAUUGAAAAUGGACUGAUGAUGGUCCUGCUAUUCAUAAUUCUGUUUUGGGGAAGACAGUCAGCUCCCCCUGUCCUGCCAUGCAGGUCAGCCUUGAUAUGCACACUAAACCAGAGGAAUGGUCUACUAGUUCUUUUUUGA